AUAAGUGCACUCUACGGUCAAAGAGAGACAUGUCCGAGGACUCCUGGUCAGCGAUGCAGCUCAAGUUGGCAGUAUGGAGCGCGCUCCUCCUCGCGGUGCGCGCGGAGCAGACGUGCGACUACGCGCGCUACGGGGUGGUGCCAGAUGUGGUGGCCACAGCGCCUUCAGUGCAACUCGACGUGACGUUCUCCUCCGGCGAGGCGGCGCACUGCGGCAACGAGCUGUCCCCGGAGAGCACGCUCUCCCCGCCGAAGGUGCAAGCCCCCGUCGACCCAGCGCCCUUCUACACACUGCUCCACGUCAACCCCGACGCGCCGCUCGUGGCGCCCUACCUGCACUGGCUGGAGGUGGACAUCCCCGGUAGCGGCCUGCGCCAGGGCGACAUCUCCGCGGGCUCCACGGAGGCGACCUACCGGCCCCCGCAGCCCUUUCCCGGCGCGGGCCCCCAGCGCUACGUCUACCUGGUGUACCGGCAGCCCGCGCGCUCCGCCGGGGACUCCCUCGCCACUGACGAAGAGACGGAGCUCCGAUACUUCUUCAACGUCACCGGCUACGCCGCGAGUCGCCGCCUGGAGGGGCCCGUCGCCGGCAACUUCUUCCUGGAGCAGCUCGGCUAGUAGUGCUGCUUUGUCAGAAUUCACAUUUCAAACUGUAGUUUUUGAAUAAUAGGAUUUUGUGUUUCUAUGUAGAAAAAGUGUGAAAUUAAACUAGUUAUUCUUCGCUA